UAGUUCAUGCGAAGCGGCCCCCUGCGGCCUCCGUCGGGCUCCGCACUCCAUCUCCCAGCCACCCUCGCGCCGAGGCGGAGGCGAGCGGAGGGGGCGCUUGGUGAUGAGCUCCCUCACCGGGAGGAGGGCCUGGGUCCGAGUCGCAGCUGCGACCGCCGACAGGAGAGAUUAUCAGGCGUCCCUUGGGACCGAGGGAUUCUCUCGCGGGCGGCAGCCAGGGCCCUGUGGCUGCCGUGCGUCCUCGUGCUUGCCCUCUCCUCAGACGCACAGCGUCCGCCAUGGAAGCGCAUCCGGCCACCGCCGGGGUCUCCGGGCGCCGCGGCCCCGGCUCCCCAGAACGAUGAGGGGGUAGGGGCGCCCCGCUCCGUCCGCCCCCGAGAGAAGGAGGGUCGGGGACCGGUCGUGGUGCACUUCCCGCCUCCGUGCCACCUCUGGGGGGCGCUGCCGAGGGGCGCCCGCCGCCCAUGCCGCCCCGGGGCCGCGCCAACCACAGCUGAAGCCCGCGUGCUGCCCGCGUCCUGAGGCCGCCAAGAUGUGGCACAGUGUGGGGCUGACCCUGCUGGUCUUCGUGGCCACGCUGCUGAUCGUCCUGUUGCUGAUGGUGUGCGGUUGGUAUUUUGUAUGGCAUCUGUUUUUGUCUAAAUUCAAGUUUCUGCGGGAACUAGUGGGAGACACAGGAUCCCAAGAGGGAGAUCAUGAGCCUUUGGGUUCUGAAACUGAAGAAGAUAGUUCAUCCUCUCCGCACAAGAUGAGAUCUGCUCGCCAGAGGAGGGCACCUGCGGAUGAAGGCCACUGACUGCAGACACAUUCCUUUAUCAUCCUCAGCAAAAGGCGAUCUCACGCCUGUGUCUUCAGCAACUUCACUUUGAAAUUUGCUAUAUGACAGAAGAACAUUUGUACUUGGAUUUUAAAUCCAGUUCCAAAAAAGAUGUACGUGUAAGCCAUACAGAAAUAAAGGGAAUUGAAGCCAAAUAGGGCCAUGAAAAUGUCAUCUUAAAGGUAAUAUUUUGCUUCACUAGCUUUCUGCUUAACACAAGCCUAGGCUCUUGUGCUUCUAUUUUGCACUGAUGUGAGUCUGGUAAAAUUUUCAGGCUUGAAAAAAACUUAUUUUUUAUUUGUCAUAAAAUGGACUCUGUUCUUCACUUUUUAACAUGUCUGAAAUGUGGAUGCUCCUCAUUACAGUCACCCAGGUGAUAGUCAUGUAAUUAUCCUAGCUUGCACAUGUGUGAAUUUACAGCUUAUUGUACUGUCAUCACCUUAACUGAUGUAUGUGUUGUUGGCAUCAAAUGUGUCAGUUUAAGGAGCGUUUUAAAAUGUCUUCAAAAAGAUAAUACUAUAACCUGGCAUUGAAACGAAAGCUUAUCAUGUAUGCACAAAAGCAUGGAAACAGAGCCGUGGGGCAUACAUUUGAUAAAAGUGAAGCAAAUAUUCAUCAUUGGAGGAAUGAUUGAAAUUUCAUAUUUUCUUGCAAAGCAAUCACAAAAAUACUUGAUAGGACCUAAGAAAGGAAGAUACCUACAGGUAGAUGAAGCUGUACUAGCCUUUAUUGGAGAGGCACAUGAAAAAGGAUUGCCUGUCACAUGCCAUACGAUGCAGUUGAAGGCAGAAGAAAUUGCCAGAACCCCUCGAGAUCCAUAACAAAAUUCAGAGCAACAAGAGGCUGGUGUGACUGAUUCAUGUGUGGAGCAGGACUAUUGUUAAGGCAUCAAACAUUGUUUGGUCCAAUGCUUCCCACUGAUAAUAAACAGAAGACAGCAUGGCACGCCCUUUAAAGAAGCGCUCCGUCAUCACCAGUACUCUUGACAAUACCCAGGGCUGUGCUCUGUGGGGAGAUGCAGACACCAGCUGUGACAUGAAAAGUGAUUCAGAAGAGUUGGACUCGGAAUACGAAGUUACAGUUAUAACUUAACCAGUGUAUUUCACACAUUCUUACUGUAUACACAAAAUAGACAUGUUAAGAAUCUGUAUAACUUUAAAAGCACUGUUAACAAUAUAAAAUAAGCAUUGAACUGAAAUGAGGCAUUGUGUCAUAGUGUAAUGGACAGUGGUUUUUCUUAGUAAUACAUAUGGUGCAUCUUAACUGAUGGUAUCUUAGAGAAUGAUAGUUGUAUUUCUUUUCAAAAUAGUGUUUAUUUAUUGGGGACUAAAUUCUGACUUAGAAUAUUAAAAUUUUUAUCUUCUAUGAAAUGUUUUUUUCAUUAACCUAUUCAAAAUUUUAGAGUAGUAUUUUAAUCUUAAGAACCAUCUUCUACUUCAGGAAGACUAGGAAUAGUCACUCCUUUGUAUAGGAGGAGUUUAUGCUCAAGGCCUGUGUUGUGGAGAAAAUACUUCUCCACAGACAAUUCAGUGCAAGACCUCAAAGAUACUGGGUAUUAAAAAUAUGUGGGUGAAACUACCUGCUUAACUGUAAAAUGACCCUUACCAGGUUUCCAUGUUUGUCUUAACUGAACUUUGAACAGAGCAUUAGCAUGAAAGAGAGAUAGGAAUUGAAGAAUUGUUCUGUUUAGUGGUCCCUGCUUUGUACAAGAAUGAAAUGCAAAGCCAGCUUAGUUUAUGAAUCUGUGUUCUUUUUAUGUUUUUGGCCUUUUUUCUCAAGAACUAGUCAUCACCUCUAUUUUAUGGUGAUAUUUAAAUAUGUGUGAUACCUCAUUCUUCAUACUGACAAUUUUGUUUAUUAACAAUCCACUGGCUCUUCCCCAAGUUGUUCUAUUCCUCAUGAACACCUCUUUGCUGAUGCUGUACUAGAAGGGAAUUCACAGAGCAUAACUGUAGUUUGUAUGUUUGCUGGGGGAAGAGUCCCACCAGCUGAGAAUGGGGCACAAUUAUUUUGUCUUCAUUUCUGUACUGGCUGUAAAUGUGACUGACUGGGGCCUAAAAAGUAGCACGUUUCUAGCAUUAAUUUUAAUGUUUCAUAUUUUGCUAGUGCUAAAUAACAUUAAAAUUGUCAUCAGACAAAAAUGUGCAACAGUGUCUUGAGACUUAGCAGAUAUUUAAAUUAGAUUUUUCAGUCUGAUGUUUUGAACUCUGGAUUUUGUUUUAUGUUUGUGUUUUAGGGUGGAUGUCUAAGGUUUAAAUAAUAAUUGUUGCUGGAAAACUUUAGCUGUCAGGUUUCCUGUUAUGUCAGUAUUAAAGGACGAUGGCUGAUGUAACCUUCGCUCCAAUCCAUAGUUCUGCCCAAAUACAAGUUAAUCCGUGUAAAGCUGUAGAUGUUGGGCACUAUUUAUUUAUCCUUCAAGCGUGUCUUGCUAUGUAGAAUUUUAAGAAAUGUUCUGCUUAACUUACUUGAAAUAUAUACCUAAAAACAUGGCUCAUACUCCUUGGAGAGAGUAAAAAGAAAUGACUGAUGCCAAUGUGAAGAGUCGACAGACUAAUCCUUUAUCUAAGCCUUUUUCAUUUCAUGCACCUGACCUACCAUAGUGUAUAUGUCUAAGGCCAAUAUGAGAGGGAAGAGAAAUAGUUAAUGCAGGAUUAGUUCUGUGAUACGGUGUUUCUGUCCUUUUUCCUGUUUUAGUGCUUUUGUAACUGAACUUACCAGAAUGACAUUACAAUAGCAUUUUCAGUCUCUGGAAAGUGGACUAGCCUGUGGUUGAUGUUAACAUUUAAAAGGUUAUGAACAUUGAAAUUAUAAAUAUUAGAAUCUUGCCUGAACUCUUCCCAAAAAUGACGGUGAUCAAAUAUGCCAUCUUUUUCAGGAUUAAUUCUAAAAUUGUCUCAGGUAGAUUGUCUCAUUUCUUGCUCACCCAACCAUUCCCAAAUCUUUUGCCUCUGAAACUUUUUGUGAAAAAUUGCCUGUAUUGUAGCAUUAUUCAGAUUUUAAUGCCAAAAACACUAAUUAUUUGUAUAGCAUGUUUAAAUGAGGUUUUGAAUAUUUACAUGAACUUAAAUAUAGAACACUUAAUGGAUGUUCACAGUGGAAAGAGAUGUGUAGUAGACAGCUAUUUCACAGACAUGUUAACCCAUUUCUUUAGAUGUCAUUAGGGUUAAGAACCAUUUCAAAUUAUUUUGCUGAAAGUUUAGAAUAUAUAAAGUAAUGAAUUCACAAAAUAUGACAUCUUAAAACAUGUUGAAAGAUUUUAAAGUAGUGCAUUUUUCCUCGUAAGAGUAACAGUUUUGAAGUUAUACAUCAAUGAUGCAAUCUUUUUUAAAGUCAGUUUUUCUUAAAAGGUAUAUUUUAUGUAACAUGUAAUCAGUUAACUAGAUUUUGCUUGGUAAACUCAGUACUUUUAUAUUUCAAGUUGGCUUUAAAAAGCCAUGAGCAGUCCUCAAAGUUUUUCGGUUAUGGAAUCUAGAAUUAAAGCACCUUGUAUUGUCUGGUUUUGAGUGUCCCAGAGUUUAAAAGCAUAAAGAAUAACAUUUUAUCUUACAUUAAAGUUACAUUUCCAUUUGUUGUGUCCAUGUCAUAUGAGGAAUGUUUAACAUUACCCUCCAAGUGAGUUCUAUGCAUAACCAUUUACCAAAUACUGCUGAUGUGGUUUCUCCAAGGAAGCAUCCUGCGCUGUGCUGUGAUGCAUUGUCAUCUUGCUGCUUGACAAAUAGGUCUGUAAGGAAUUAGAACCGUGUAUGUUAACAGUACCUGUGUAUAAUAAGACAUAAAAUUAAAGAUGAGGAAUGUGCGCAAAUGAUCAAUUCAGUGUUUUUUAAAUUGGUCAGUACUAUAUCUAAAGUUGUGGUUUGUAUGUUUUAACUUUCAUGGCACAGAAUAAAUUAAAAUUAAAACAAA